AAAUAGUUUAUUUUAACGUCAGUGCGAAUAUUUGUUUAUACUGAAAAUAAAUACAAUUUUAAUUUAUAGAAUAAUAAUAAAACUACUACUACUCUAGGUAUUAUGGAUGCAGAUAAUGAUCUUACUGAAGGUGUUGGCUCGUUGCGUAUGUCACUACGUGAGCGACCGCGCAAACAACAGUCGGAUCGUCGCUUACGGGAACGCUCCGAAGAUUUAAAGUUCCUAGAGGAUUUUGAUCCAGAAAAAUCAAAUCGUGAAAAGCGCAAAUUGAAGAGAAAACUCACCAAUUCACGUUCCACAGUUUACGAUGAAUACGGUCAUAUGCGGCAUAGUGGUAUGGAUAUAUGUGACUGUUUGGAUGAAAAGUGUCCAGGUUGUUGGUUUGAAUGCAAGAAUUGUGGCUCAACACGUUGCGGCGUACUCUGUCGUGUGAAUAGGAAACAAUUUGUUGAUGAAAUCACAUUUGAUGGCAAAGAUGUGAUUAUAAAGAAUAAAUUUGCAUUAUAACUACCGGGGGAGAUUGUAACACAUGUAACUUUUAUAGCAUGCAUUUCAUGAACCACAGUUGUGCAAGACUGUUUUUUUUUAACAUUUUUAAUUUCAUUUAGCAUACAAUUAUUACACUAUAUUGAUUUUAAUAAAAUAAUCUGCAUACUUAUGUAUAUUUUACUUAAAUUUUAAAUAAAUUAUGAUACUGUUUUAUAAAGUGAUGUAUACUUAUUUAAAUAUUUGUUAAAGAAUUUACACUAAAUGACAAAGAAAUAUAAAUUCAGUAGUCAACAUACUCAGCAAA